UUGCUGGAACAGGUGUGUUUUUGUGUGACGUGAACGUCUCUCACACUGGCAGGUCACUUCGUUCUGUUCGAUGAAGCAGGUCACAAGAAUCCGCUAAAGGCAGCGUGAGUGGUGUUAGUUAAUAAUUAUCUAACUCAUUUACUUUUUUUUUUAUUUGUCCCAACAUUUUGUUAAGAUCUUAUCUUAAAGGAACUGUCAUCUGGUGAAAUUUCCUAAAGCUGCUGUGAAUCUAGGAUCCACAGGAAUCCAACAUGAGAAAGUUAUCUCUCAAGCAUCAAGUCUGUAUCUUCAUUUCUUGGGUUCUGGUGUUUAAGUGCAGUGCUGGAGAGCGAGACUACUUCUAUGAAACGACAAAUCUCACCUGGGAGGAGGCCAGGAAUCACUGCCAGGUAUGUUUCAAAGAUUUGGUGACACUGACCCCUGAAAACAUUCAGACCAUCGCCAGGGAGCAUAACAUCACCUCUGACUGCUGGGUCGGCCUCCGCAAGAACUCCAACUCCACCAGUAACUCCACAAUGCCCUGGUCCCGCUGGGCCAACGGUGAUCACCUCCUCUUCCAGAACUGGUACCCCGGUUGGCCCGUGUUCAAAUCCCCAGAAAGAUACUUUUGCAUCCAGCAAGAGACGACAACCCCAACAACUACAAGCACGACGGACACCAUGGUCACACCUCACACUGAGACAGACACUACUGAAUUCGGGGGAUCCACCUCCGAAUACUCUACAUUGCCCACCGAUUACUCUACGUCGCCCACCCAAUACUCUACAUCGCCCAACCAAAACUCUACAUCCACCAAUGAUUCAUGGGUGAUAAACUCGCAGCCACCAGUAGAAUCAAAAUGUGUGCCUGUGCUGGAUGUCCCACGGGCUGAUACAAACUACAUCGAAGACUCUUGUGUGGCCAUGCUCAGCUUUGGGGCUUGGGUUGAAAAGAAUUGCUUGGAGGUUCUGCCUUUUAUAUGUUACGAAGACGUGCCACACAGACAACUUUUUACCAACAACAUUUACCAACACUGCACACAAGCAAAGGGUGAUAAAGAUCGUUUCUUUGGCCAUGUCAACCUGACCAACAGGACCUCCCAGAGCACCGUUCUCACAUGGCAACCCGGGCCUGGUAUCAUCAGCCAUUACCGCAUAGAGGUCAGCGUCGACAAACAAGUGACAAAUAAACAGACUGACAAUCUGACCUACGAGUUUGACAGCCUGACACCCGGCACCCGCCACUCAGUCAAGGUGUUCCCUGUUAAGUGUGGGAGAGACCUCAACCCGCAGGAGAUUGUCUUCUACACCACACCAAACAAAGUCGUAAACCUCACAGCCAUCAAUGUGACAGAAAACUCUAUCUGCCUUAGCUGGAUCAAACCAGCUGGAAACGUGGAUUUUUAUCUUAUUAAAGUCCAGGGUGAUAAAUGGCAUCGAAGUAAAGUGGAGCACCAAGAAGUCAACAUGUUGACACCUGGAACCCGUUACACAUUCACCGUCCUCUCAGGAGUCGAGGACAAUUCAACAUGGAGUGAAGAAUUCAGCAUUUCGAAAUAUACCAAGCCUGGAAAAGUAUCCAACCUAAGAGUAUUUAAUAACUCUAAGGACUCACUGGUGCUAAACUGGAUGGCACCUGAGGGGAGGGUCACGGGUUACAGGGUGAAGGCUAUGAGUCAGAGCAAUUCCAGCUUGUUUGAUGAAGAGGUGAACAAAACUGAAGUGGUCGUAGGACGCCUGCCGGCGGGCACCGAGAUCACCCUCACUGUUGCAGCACUGGCUGGAGGCUCUAGUCUGGAGGGAGACAAAGAGACAGUCGUCAACUACACCUCUCCUGGACCAAUUUCAGACCUGGUUUUGGUCACGACAUAUGACUCCCUCAAUGCCACGUGGACCCUAUCUGAUGGUAACGCUUCAUCCUACACCGUCGAGCUGCAGCUGGAUGGCCAAACUCAGGACACAAAAUCAGAAAUAAAGGAACCUACAGUACGCUUUAACAAUCUGAAGAAUUCAGCCAAUUACACAGUGGUCGUCUACGCCUUUGUCGCAGAUAUCAAAGGCCCGCCGGUGACAAGCUCCAAAUUCACUAAGCCUUCACCACCUACAAAUGUCACAGUCGUUGAUAUUAAGAAAAACAACCUCACCCUCAAGUGGACGGCCCCUGUCAACACAUCAGCAGCCACAUACUCCGUCACAAUCAACUCCAGCUUCUGGGAAUACAGCAGUUCCUAUACUUUGGAUAACAAAACCAGCCACACAUUUUAUGGCUUGAAAUCAGGGACCAAGUAUAGUUUUGAAGUGAAAACAGUGGCAGAUGGAGACUUCAGUAGCCCCGAAACAGCGUCAGCAUAUACAGUGGCUGAAAAAAGGGAAAUCAGUCUGUCUAUGUUGUGCUCUUCAGCUGAAGCCCUCCUCUGUGAUAACAGCACCACAAGGAACGAUGUGUUUGAUCAGUUGAAAGCACAUUUCAACAAGCUGUUGAAGAACGACAUUUUCUGGGAACUCACGAAGCAGGAAUCCGAAAACAUAAACACAUGAAACAAUGUUCUUUUUUCUUUCUAAUUUAAUCUUCAUCACUGAAGGUGUUUGAGACAAAUAUAUCCUGUCUUCAGUUUACUGUAUUUGCACUGCAUUUAAGGAAAUCCAAUAUUAAUCUAAAGCGUGUUAUAUAUAAAGAUGUGGUAGACUUAAUAUUAUGCUUUUGCUUGUUUCAACCCAUUUUUAUUAGAUGUUGUAUAUAUGUGACAGCUAUGAUAAAUAUAAAAAAAUACUUACUCAAUCAACAUGAUAAAAUAUUAAUUUAAAGUCAGUCACUCAGUAAGUCCAAAUUGUGAGAAACAGACAAAAUUAUUAAGUUACAAUAACCAUGGUUAUUG